AUGGCAGUGCACACCGGCGAAAAGCCAUACCAGAGCGAGAUCUGCUUUCGCGAAAUUGCUGUCAACAGCAACUUGCGUGCCCACAUGCGCACACACACUGGUGAGAAGCAGCACGAGUGCCAGAUUUGUGGGAAGCAGUUUGCCUCCUCAAGCCAUGUCAAGAUACACUUGCUGUCACACACAGGCCAGCGGGAUCGCAAGUGCCCGACGUGCAACAAGAGCUUCAUGGUUGUCUCCAACCUCAACGCACACAUGAAGAUCCACUUGGGCCAGCGGGACCACGCGCGUGACCUCGGCCACAAGCGCUUCUACACUAACAGUGAGCUCCGGUCGCACAAGAUGAUCCACACAGGCGAAAAGCUAUAUCAGUGCGACGUGUGCAACGAACGCUUCACCAAGAUGUCUAACUUUAACUCUCACCGCCUGGCACACUCACAAUAUUGGCACACUUGA